AUGCCUCUCUCGUCUGUUACCUCCGAAACAUGCCGAAGUCCAACAUCACCAUCGCCGCACCACUGCGCGAGGCACUCGUCCAGUGCUUUCGCGCGGCCACCCGCCUCGUCCGGCCCGAACGGCGCCAAUACGGAAGACGUGGAUGUUGCGGCUCCUCCCGAAGCACUAAUAGACAUCUGGGAGGCUAUUACGGCCGGCGCCCUUAAUUUCAGCUUCGAGUCCGUUGCGUCCAAGUUGAACUUGUUGAGAUUAAGGGCCGUGACGGUGGUCGAUCGUGGGAGCGAUGGUGAGGUUGAUGACUUUCGAUGGCUGUUGUAG